UCCUGUUAGCAACCAGGCCUUGUGUGACAACGGUUCCUAGGCAGAAUUUGUUGAUGUGCUCGCGGUACACGCAGUUACACAACGUAUCCAAGUAUUUAUCAUUUUCAUUUUGCUAAAGUCAAAUAAAAAACGACAUUCUGCGGCAGAGAACUAACGUUAUACUCCGAUAAUCAGCUCGACAAUUAGCUAGUUGAAAAAAAAAAACUCAUUUUCCAAGCAUCUUAAACUGAUGAGUUUUUUUUUUCUUCUUAGCUUUGAAACCCACAAACCCUUCAAGAUGAGCGAACAGCUCAAAUUUAUCGUUGAACAGCUAAACAGGGAGCCUUUAAAGAAAAACUUCAAUGUCAUUACAUUCGACUCUCUGCAGACUUUAAAUGAUGCUCUGGCUGAAACUGAUCCAAAGCAAGCCAUUGAUAUACGUGAGGAAAUGCCUGAGCAGACAGCUAAGAGAAUGUUUACUUUGGGGAUGCUGAAAUAUAAACCUCCUGGAGGAAUGUCUGAAGUAAGCAGUUUUCGUCAGGGUUUGGUGACAGGCAGUAAGUCUGUGGUGCACCCAGUCUUGGGCUGGCUGUUACAGAGGAUCGAGCUGAAAAAGAGAGCGUACCUGGCCAGAUUCCUCGUCAAACUAGAGAUGCCUGCUGAUGUUCUCCAAGAUGAUAUAAUUGCUGAGACCUACCACCAGUAUGAGGAGCUGGUGGAGGGAUUCAAGAACAUCCACAAAGAGUGUGAACAGCUGAAGAGCUCAGGUUUCUCCACCGCUGAGAUUCGACGGGACAUUGUUGCAAUGGAGGAGGAGGAGGACCAACUCAUAAAAAGGGUGGAGUGGCUUAAAAAGAGGGUGGAGGCAGUGUCAAACCACCAACGCAUGCUGGAACUGGCCAGACAGCUAAGAGUGGAAAAAGAAAGAAAAGAAUCUCUUGCUCAUCAGAAACAGGAGCAGAAAAACCAGCUCUUCCAGGCAGAGCAGAGACUGCAGAGAUGUCAGAUCCAGCUCAGAUUGCAGCAGGCUGGUGCAGAUGAAAAGCCAGAGAGCCUCAUGAAGAGACUCGAAGAGGACAUCAAGUUCAACUCCUACGUGGUGUCUGCAAAGCUGCCUUAAGAGCUGGAGAACAUGAGAAAGGUGGUGCAGUACUUACAGAAGGUGGCGUCUGAGCCUGCUAUGGGCCAAGCAGAACUGAGGGAGCUGGAGGACAAGAUCAGAGAAACCAACACAGAGAUCAACCGACUGAUUGAGAAGAGGAUGAUGCGUAAUGACCCAAUGGAUGAUAAACUCUCUUUGUUCAGACAGCAGGCUGCUAUUAUAGGCCGAAAGAAGGAGGCCAAGGUGGAGGAGUUGCAGGAGGCCCGUGAGGAGUUGGCGGCUGUGGAGAGAGAACUGAACAUGAAGAGCAGUCAGGCACGAGAGCGGGGCGGAGUGGAGCUGAUCCGUGGAGAUGAGUUUAAGCAUUAUGUGGCCAAGAUGCGUGGCAAGAGCAGCACUUAUAAGAAGAAACGUCAGGAGAUCGCUGAGCUGAAGGUGGAGUACGGUGUUCUACAGAGGACUGAAGAGAUCCUGAGAGAACGACACACAGCUGGACAACAGCAGCUGCAAUCUCUGGAGGCUCAGCAGGGGAUCUCGGGCUACAGUGAUACUCAGGAAGAGCUGGAGAGAGUCUCUGCUAUCAAAAGCGAGCUGGACGAGAUGAAGGGAUGAACGCUGGGCGACAUGUCUGAAAUGGUAAAGAAGCUGAAUUCAGUGAUAGCACAGAAGAAGUCUGCUCUGUCUCCUCUGAUAAAGGACCUGAGAGCUCUGAGACAGGAUCAUGCAGAGCUCGCUCCAUAGUAUGAGCAAAAAAAGGCUCAGUAUGACACCUGUGCUGUAGGACUGGAGAGCAACAGGUCCAAGCUGGAACAGGAAGAAAGCCGAUAUCAUCACAUUAACUGCAUGAGAGAGAUUAUUGAGAGUCAAAUGCAGAGAGCGGCAGAUCAGAGUAAGAUCAAUCAGUCAAUGGACUUACAGGUGCGGAGGACAGCUCUCAGAGAGAAAUACAUUGCGAACACAGCAGAGCAGGAGUCCUUGGGCAAGGUUCUACGUCAGCAGGUGAAGCAGGUGCGAGAGAACCAGGAGCCCAAUAUGAGACAGAUGAAGAUGUGGAAGGACCUGGAGAUGCUGUUGGAGUGCAAGAAGCAGUGCUACCUCAAGGCUCAGAGUCAGGCGCCUAUUGGGCACGUCAUCCAGGAUGUUGGCAAGGAUAUGCUGGUUCUGUGAUGCCCGCGUGAAAGUUGACUUUCUGGUCAUUAAUAUAUGAAUUACAUAAACCAUUGCAUACAUUAUUGUAUAUGUACAAGUGUAUGUAUAUUCAUUUGUAUGUUAAAGGAAUAGUUGAAACAAAAAUGAAAAUAUGCUGAAAAAUUACUCACCAAGCUAUUCAAGAAGUAAAUGAGUUUGUUUCUUCAUCUGAACAGAUUCAGAGAAAAUUAGCAUAACAUCUUAUCUCAUAACUUGAUCACCAGUGGAUCCUCUGCGGUAAAUGGGUGCAAAAAAGUAAUAUGGCCAAACCUACCGCAUAUAGUCACUCUUUAGUGUAGAGGUAUGUUGAUUUUAUCAGACGAUAUCGCUCUUAUAAAUCAGGAUUUAAGGAGUAAAGUGAGAGCGACUCCUGGAUAGCAAUAAAAUUAAAAUGUAUUUAUAUUUGUUUUAUGUAUGACAACAGAAAAAAUGUGAACGGCUUUUUUGGCCAUUCAGUUGUAUACAGUAUGUGAAAGUUCAGAGAGUAGAACAGAUCCGAAGUGCUGAACGCAAACCCGAUGUCAUAAAUAUGCUAAUUAAUUUGACGUCAUCUGCCGCCACAAGUCUCACAAAAUCCUGUGGGAAACAGUGCCUCACAGCCGUAUCAGGCAAUGACUUUGCAGGCAGCGUUUUUGCAUGAAGGCACCUCAUGAAACUGAUUUUGGACAGGCUUCUGAGGCAGAGUAAUGGUUAAAAUGAUCUAUAGCAAAAUAUAGAGAGUUUUGGUAAUAACUAAGUGGAUAUUUCAUUACUGCAAUAUUAAUUUCUUGCUAGAAAUUACAUAAAAAGUGGAAAACGUUGAUCAAAAACAUACAUUUAAUCACAAACUGACCACCGGCCGCAACU